CUGCGACCAUGCCGACAGUCAGCGUGAAAAGAGAUCUGCUUUUUGAAGCUCUGGGACAAACAUACACUGAUGAAGAGUUUGAUGAACUGUGUUUCGAGUUUGGCCUCGAGCUGGACGAAAUCACCUCGGAGAAGGACAUUAUAAGCCGUGAGCAGGGAGAUGAUAAAGCAGAAGGAGCGUCUGAUGUUGUGCUCUAUAAGAUCGACGUUCCAGCAAACCGCUAUGAUCUGCUGUGUCUGGAGGGUCUCGUUAGGGGUCUGCAGGUCUUCAAGGACAAGAUGGAAGCUCCUCGGUACAAGCGUGUGAGUCCUGCGGAUGGAGGAGAGCCUCAGCGGCUGCUCAUAACAGAGGAGACGGCAUCUGUGAGGCCGUUCGCUGUAGCCGCUGUACUGCGCAACAUUACAUUCACCCAGGAGCGAUACGACAGCUUCAUAGAGCUGCAGGAGAAACUGCACCAGAACAUCUGCAGGAAAAGGACGCUGGUUGCAAUAGGAACUCAUGAUUUGGACACGAUCUCCGGUCCGUUCACCUACACAGCCAAAGCACCCGGUGAAAUCCGCUUCAAACCACUCAAUCAGAGCCAAGAGUUCACUGCCACUGAGCUCAUGAGUCUCUAUAAGUCCGACAGUCACCUGAGGCACUACCUGCACAUCAUCGAGAACGAGCCUCUCUACCCGAUUAUAUAUGACAGUAAUGGCAUCGUCCUGUCCAUGCCUCCUAUCAUCAAUGGGAACCACAGCAAAAUCUCAUUAAACACAAAGAAUGUUUUCAUUGAGUGCACGGCCACAGACCUCACAAAGGCAAAGAUCACGCUGGACAUGAUAGUGACCAUGUUUAGUGAAUACUGUGAGCAGCCCUUCACGGUUGAGGAGGCAGAGGUUGUUUAUCCUGAUGGCAGAAUGUGUGUGUAUCCUGAGCUGGCGUACAGGACGGAGACUCUGUCUGGGGAGUUCAUCAACAAAAAAGUUGGCAUCAAUGAAUCUGCAGAAAGCAUCGCUCAGCUGCUGACCCGCAUGUGUCUGAGGUCGGAGGUCAGCGGUGAGGACGGUCAGAUCCAGGUGGAGAUCCCGCCCACUCGCUCUGAUGUCAUCCAUGCCUGUGACAUCAUGGAGGACGCGGCCAUCGCGUACGGCUUCAACAACAUCGUCAGGAGCACGCCUCGCACUUACACCGUAGCCAAUCAGCUCCCUGUAAAUAAACUGACAGAAUUAUUGAGGCAAGAUCUUGCAGCUGCUGGCUUUACUGAAGCUCUAACAUUCGCUCUGUGCUCACAAGAAGACAUUGCUGAUAAACUCAGGAAAAACAUGGCAGAAAUCGGAGCAGUUCAUAUCUCCAACCCGAAGACCGCAGAGUUUCAGGUGGCACGUACCUGUCUUCUUCCUGGGCUGCUGAAAACAGUCGCUGCCAACAGAAAGAUGCCACUUCCUCUCAAACUGUUCGAGAUUUCGGACGUCGUCCUGAAGGAUGAAACAAAAGAUGUAGGAGCUCGUAACAACCGGCGUCUCUGUGCCAUUUACUACAACAAGAGUCCAGGUUUCGAGGUCAUCCAUGGGCUUCUGGAUCGGGUCAUGCAGCUGCUGGAUGUCAAACCGGGCCGUGAUCAAGGAUACCACAUACAGGCGGCAGAAGAUUCAACCUUCUUCCCUGGUCGCUGUGCUGAGAUCUUUUCAUCAGGCAAGAGCAUCGGGCACCUCGGGGUCCUCCACCCUGACGUCAUCAGUCGCUUUGAGCUCACGAUGCCCUGCUCCGCUAUAGAAAUCGAUAUUGAGCCCUUCCUGUGAGGUCAUUAUGCAGAGUAUUUUAGCCACACCCCUAUCCAUUAGCCCCUUCUCCUACAUAAACAGUACCGCCCCCUUCUGUCUUCAGGAAACGAGCUCUAGUUACAACAGCAUGUGUUACUGUAUGCCCAGAAGAUAAAUCACUGUUUUACUCCAUAUUAAACAUCAAGACUGAGUCGUUGUGUCCACUUCAUUUAAUGACAAGGAAAUAAAUAAAUGAAUAUGGAUGAGUAAACCCA